AUGAUCGCCUUUUGUCAAGUAUCAACUGCUGCGCAUUUUUCAUCGGCCUCAAGGAGGCUUCGUCGAACUUGCUGCCGAAAUGACACGCUCACAGUCGGGGCUCCUUUUUGUCCGACACAUCGAAGGAAUCGAGUAGAGAAAAGACCUGGGACAGGCGUUAGCAUAUUGCUACCAAUUGCAGAGGAACGUCCUCAAAGUCGAAUAUCACCCACUUGUACUUUUACGCCUGAGAAACCAGCGAGGGUGGCUGUCCUUGUGUCAGGCGGCGGUCGUUCGCUGGAGAACAUAUGUGAGAAAAUUGAUGCUGGUACAUUGACUUGCUGUGGCGUAAGUCUGGUUAUAGCGAGCAAGAAAACCGCAGGGGCAAUUGAGAAGGCCGAGCGACGUGCGAUCCCAACCAGCGUCUUGCGUCUCCGAGACUUUGAACGCGACACUGCGCGGUUUAGUGAUGCGAUAUCGAACGUGCUAGAUGAAUACAAUAUCGACUUAGUCGUACUAGCUGGGUGGAUGCAUUUCUAUUUGAUCCCCCCUCGCUAUGAAGGCAAGGUUGUCAAUAUCCACCCAAGCUUAAUACCGGCGUUCUGUGGGAAGGGUUACUACGGGCAUCGGGUGCAUGAAGCAGUGCUUGAGUUUGGGGCCAAAGUAACUGGAUGCACAGUCCACCUCGCAGACAACAAAUAUGACCACGGCCCGAUUAUUUUGCAAAAGGCUGUUCCUGUGCUUGACAGCGACUAUGCGGAUGACCUAGCUGCUAGAGUCUUCGAAGCAGAGAAGGAAGCAUUACCAGAGGCGAUUCAAAUGCUUGUUGCAGGCAAACUCUGGGUAGAUGGUAGGUUGAUUCGAGUCAGGUCAGAGAGUGUUUCAAAGAGCGUUUGAUUUAAAAGCGAGUGUCCGCUUCACGGCUUUUUAGCGGUAUGGAUAAGGUGAAUGUAAUCUGCUGCGGAUUCUUGCCACAUACAUCACAUUGCAGGGCUUCUCUGGAUCAAGUCCUUCUUCUUUCAGGGUUGCUGCGGGACUGGCAAGUAUGCCCUCCGACUUAUCAGAAGCACUCUUGGCGGAAUUUGAGUGACUCUUUGUGUUAUGCAACAAUUCUGUAAGCGUCUGACGCUUGCGUUGGAGAAAAUGCUGCGGACGGACGCGCUUCAGUGCAGCUUCGACCCACGCGGGUAGUCGUGGAGACGAGAUCAGACCGGAAAGCUUUUAAAUUAGUGCUUUUCUAUCGCUGCCGCGUUUAAUGCUUGACGCUCCUUGCUGCCCAAUCUAGUGAUGGCCUCCACUCACCAUUCUAUCAUUCAAACAAUAGACAAAUCGUAAAAGACUUAACCGCAGGCGCCGGGCCAGGAAAGGCGAAGAUAUGUUUUUGAAACUGCGCAAAGAGUGAGAGGCAUAGCAAAGAGAGUGCAGGCGACCGUAAACUGCACCAGCGAUGGAGCUAUGAAAAGGGGUAGUGAUUC